CCUGUUGUCAUGGAGAGGAGGCCGCGGCCUGCGGUAAAUGAGACGUGGGAUCAGCCCGAUUAUGGCUACGGUUCGGCACAGCGUCCACCGAGGUUCCGUCAAGAGUCGUGUCCACCAUCUCGUGCAGGUCCUCACGGAGAGGCGCCCCCCGGUGUGUUCUAUCCGGACGGCGGUGCUCCUGGGACAGGCCCCUGGGAGAGCAGGCCUCCUUAUGAAGCCGGCCGGACGGCCUGCUCUCCACUGGAUGGGUCCGAGCAGAGGUUUCCGCACAGAGACGUUACACAGCACGGCUACCAUGAGCCCCAGUUCAGACCCCAGCGGCCAGACGUGUUCCCAUACGGCGUGCCUCACCAUGGCCCUCUGCAGCCGGCCGCCUUCCAGCCCAGGCUUCCUCCCUGUAACUUGCAGAGAGCAGGGGACCUCCCAGGUCUGCAGUCUCCCAUUCUACAAAGUGAUGCUUCAGUCCCAAGUCUUCCCCAGCACAGGGCACCGGAGCCCCCCCCAGGGGGUGAUGCAGUAUAAUGCUGGCACUCCACGGACCCCAGAGGUGGGCAUCCAAGGAAGACCCCUGCCAAUGAUACCAGCAAGGUCUGACGAAUAUGUGUCUGAUCACAGAAGAGACGGUCAAGGUAUGGGCCAGCGACUCUACAGCCAUGAAGACCUACAGCAGUCAGGAGCGCGGCUUCAUGGAGGGCCCCAACAUAGAGCGGGUGAGCGGCAAGAGUCUAUGUAUUCGGAGGGGCCACUGCCGAGGAGUGGGCAUCCUGAUGCAUAUCAGACGGGCUUUUUCCAUCUCGGUGGUCCUGACCCAGCAUCGUCUCAGUAUUCUGGUGGUCGUCAGCAUGAGCUUCCACACAACAGAAGUAAUCUGCCACACGCCUACCAAACUGAAGGUUGCCACCCUGGUAUGUCUGGAAUAUAUAAUGUGGAGACCCCCCAGGCACCUGAUACUUACAACUACAGGGCACCGUCUCCAGGCCUCCAGCAAUUCUCUGCUCAGCCACAGCCUGCAACUCAGCAUAGCCACUAUAAUGUACCCCCAAUACACGGAAAUCUCCCCAAUCCUUCAUAUGCUCUCCCCCCACCUGUAGGCCCUGUUUUUAGUGGAUCUGCUGAGGAGAGUGACUUGGAGGUGCCCAGGCUCCAGAGAGAACCCCAUCAUUCACACCAUCUCCUGAACCUGCACCAGGAUAGAAGACAAGGUCUGGAUCCUCUUAUGGCCUCAGGUGGUAGACAUUUUGAGGAUGAUGCUCGUUUUCCUCAGCACAAGGUACCAGAUGGGCGUAGAGACCCCUGUUUGGUGCUGCAGCGUGGUAUCCCAUUUCUUUCCCAGCCCACCCUUCACAUGGAGGACAAUUCUGUUCAUUUGGACAGGCAUACUGAUCUAGAGAAAGGUGGGCCUGCAGAUAGAGACGUCUUUGUGCAGUGGCUUUCCAGCUUCUUAGCAUGUCGAAGGAAGAAGCCACCAGCCAAGCCUGAUGCAGUUCCUGCGGUCUCAAUAGCAGAAGCUCGGGGGUUGAUCUAUGGUGCCCUUCGAUUGGUAUCGCAGCUUGAUUCCUUGUGCCAGUCUCUGGAAAGCAGUAACAAGGCAGGAGAGCCAUGGACAGGCGAUUAUGAGAAAGCGGCCGAUAUACGGGGAGAUCUAGAGAAGAGACUAAAGGAGCUGGAGAAGCCAGGCUAUAUCCAGGGUGUCAAGAGGAAACUGGAAAGAGUGCGCAAGAAAAGGCUUCGCUGUCAGCGCAGGAGACAGUCAGCAGAGGAGGAAGGAAAACUGGCGGCAGAGCGAUCUGCAGAGAAGGAAGCCAGCAUCGACUUGUGGAGAAUGAAAUGUAUCCAGGUUGUCGAAGAGAAGAAACGGGAACGAGAACUUAAAGCCACCGCUGACCAUGUACUUUGGGAGGUGAGGAAGAAGCAAAAUGACGUUAAAAAAAUGCUGGAUGUUUUAAAGUCUUUAGAGAAACUGCGUAAACUGAGAAAGGAAGCGGCAGGAAGAAAAGGAGUCUUUCCACCACCAUCUGCCGAUGAAACCUUCUCAAAUCACAUAAAGAGGCUUCGAACAUUGGUGCACAAGCGCAGUGCAUUGUAUGAUGCAGAGGAGAUGACUCUGAGGGUCAUACUGGAAGGGGAGCAAGAGGAGGAGCGGCAGAGAGAAAGUGAUAAGAGACUGAAAAAGGAAAAGGAGAAAACAUUGCAGAAGCAGCGAGAACUAGACUCCAUAUUGUUUGGUGACACAGAACCUUUACCCCAUCUGCACCCUCUUCAGCCAUUUCGUCACUAUUAUCUGCAAACUGAGCACUCGGUUGUGUCCCUCGUCCAAAUCCGACACGAGUGGGAUCUAUUCUUGGUUCCACCUGACCAUCCUGAUGGCAGCAGUAUUCCUCGUGGGUGGGUUGUUCCCACGCUCCCCUCAAAUGACACCUGGGCCACAGCAUUGAAGCAAUCAGAUUGAGCAGUGAUUGAAGAACCUACGUUACAAGCUUUACGACUUCUAAAGAAUUCUGUUGCAGGGUUGUAUUUUUUCUAUAUAACUUUCAGAGUAGGGUGUAAUGAAUGAUGGAAAUUAUUUAUUUUUCUAAAUAAAACAUAUGUUUCAAAAGUG